GUAGACAUCAAUACUGUAAGGUAUCUGUCCUCUCAUUGAUUUUUCGAUAAACUAGGCUAGUAAAUAUUGGUACGGAUCAUCAAGGUAAAUUUGAUGUUUGGGAGGUUCAUUUGUACCGGUCGCCUUAACGUGUGGACGCUAAACAGUUACAACAGCUUAUUUUUAUAAAUGAAAGUUUUCUUUAAAAAAUGCGGUUAUAGACCAACAAGUGUCUCAUCAAAUUCACGCUAUACUUCAAGGAUCACUAUAGAGGUGUUGAAACGUGAAGAUGACAAGUAGCUCCUGGGAGGAGUUCUUUGCAGUCCACCUACCUCCCAUUGACUUCGAGGACAACCGCUCCUUGCUGAAGGAGUUCUGUGAGCGUCAUGACCAAUACGGGAAUAAGAUUGUUCUUGUCACAUCGGGUGGCACAACAGUACCCUUGGAGCACAACACGGUCAGGUUCGUGGACAACUUCAGUGCGGGCACGAGGGGCUCCGCGUCAGCCGAAUAUUUCCUAGAACAGGGAUACGCGGUCAUAUUCAUGCACCGCCAGAAGUCCUUGGAGCCGUUCACCAGACACUUCAGCGGACAGAAACUCCUCGACAUGUUGGAUAUACAGGAGAGGGGACCGAAUACCACUAUCACAGUGAAACCGGACAGCGUGGACGUGUUAGCGCCGAUCCUGUUACGGUACAAAGCUGCGCAUGCGGCGGGCGCCAUCUUGCACGUGUCCUUCACCACAGUGUCGGAGUACUUCUGGCUGCUGCGGGCGGCUUGCGAGUGUCUCGCCAACUUGGGGCCGCGCGCGGUUUUAUACCUCGCUGCUGCAGUUUCAGACUUCUACAUACCAAAGGACAGAGUGCCAACUCACAAAAUGCAGUCUGGUAGCGGCGCGCCCGUGAUCCAGUUGCACCUGGUGCCUAAAAUGCUGGCGCCUUUAGUAAACCUUUGGGUGCCCGAAGCGUACGUGGUCUCCUUCAAGCUGGAGACAGAUGAAAAUUUACUGAUACCCAAAGCGAGAGCUGCUUUAGACAAAUACAAACAUAAGAUGGUUGUAGCGAACUUGUUGCAGACGCGUCACCAUAGAGUGAUCCUAGUAACACCAGAAGCAAGUCAAGAGAUUGUCCUCACCAGGGAAGAAGUGCAUGCAGGUGUGGAUAUAGAGAGUGCGAUAGUUGGUGAGAUAGUGAGGUUGCACGCGAUGUAUGCGGAAAUGUCCCCCGCGCCCGCGCCCCGCUGACGCCCGCGUGCGCGCCGCCGGCUCUACCUCACGCCGGACUAGUGAACCCCCCCCCCACACGCCCUUAUUCAACUAAAACCAUUUACAAAAAUCGAUUAGUACAACAAAAAGAUAUUUUAACUAAUCGCCAUUACAGAACAACGGUUUCGUUCAUGAAAAUUAUCGAUAGAUGACGCUAGUGUUUUAUUUGAGGAUUUUUUUAAACGUAAAUGUUUUUGUAAUUAUAUAUUACGCCUGUACAUAGGUUUGAAGGUCAUGUCACUGAAUUAUUUUAAUAUACAACCGUUAUCAGUUGCAAUGUCAAUGGCAGCUGGCUUCCGAGGAGAAAGGUUGUGAAUAUAGACAUUUCUAUUCAUAAAAACAUAUUGGAAUACCGUGGCGCCAUCUAUUUACAGUCAAAAAGAAUGAAACCGUUGCGUCAAAAAAUAACAUAGUGUGUAAUUGUGUCUAUUGUACACUCACAUAUAAAGUUGCAAAAAAGAGCGUACCUUCGAAAUAUUCUUUGAAUAUCCUCCGACUAAAAACCAGGAUAAAGACCUAAAAAUGGCGACAGUUCCGGUUUAUUUUGAUCGAGAACCUGAACAAUAAUAAAUCCCAACUUUAACAUUUGAUAUUUCAUAAAUGUGGAUAAAUCAUGUACUCGGACUAUGUGUGAGCAUUCUCAUAAUAUGCUUAAAAAUAUUAUAAUGUGCAUUAAGACAAUAUAAGUGAGUAUAUCGCAGAUUUUGGUGGAAACAAUUUUUUAUAUACCUAGUAUACUUUACUAUGGAAAAUGUGUAAUCUCUAAUAGCUACUUGUACGUGUUACUUCUAACGCAUAUUUAUUAGAAGUAAAUAAGUACGAGUAAUUGAUAUGAAGUAUUUUAUAAAUCUCCAUGUGCCCCAAUGAUGUGUUAUCUGUUAGUAGUUUUUUAUAUCUGUUUAUUGGGUAAUGAUAUACGUCGGAAAUCUUAUAUUUUGUAUAUCAAUAAUUACUUGUGAUAGCCAUAGAAUUGACUUUUGUCAAACGACGACAAACGUGGUCGGAAUUAGGUAGAGUUAUUCGUGUACUUACACUGAUUUCAUAGAGCGAAAGAAUAAAGUGGAUAUGCCUCAAAUCCCGAGAUUAAUUUUAAAGAGCAGAAAAAAUCCCGUGAUUUUUUAAAUAAAAAGUUAUUUACUUUUACACAAUUUAAACUACUGCACGCACGACGUUGCCAAACUUACAUC